UUGAACGGUGGAGCUGCUACAUUCCCAUAAAUAUCUCCACAUUUCGAUUUCCUGAUGGGCCUUGAGAUUUAUGUACGAUGCAAGAUUCCCAAUGCGUUGCGAGUCCCUGGUUACGAUGUUGCUGCUUGGGAACAUCCUGCUGUCGACAGCCGCGCAUUCUGCCCAGCGAAACGAUCCGCGCUUCAAGCCCGGCUCCAUUUCCUGCAAGGCGAGCAUGAAAGCCAGUCAGGUGGCCUCGAAGGCGGCCAAGGAUGCGAAGGACGCCAAGGAUGCGCAGCCGUGUGCCGCCGAGAUGGCGGGCCACAGGGCACGGGCCUUGCUGGCGGACAAGGCGUUGCAGGCGGCCAAGGCUGCGGAGGCGGCUCUCAACGGGAAGAAGCAGCUCCUGGAUGAAUACAGAAAAAGUCUGGCAGAAACGAACAGGGUCAUCGACGAAAUCCAACGAGCCAUUGCUACCAGCUCGUGCUCGGCGACGACGGCAAAGGGGAUCCGCGACAAGCUCUGCACAUCAGUGAACAUUAUGAAGAGUAUGGUAAAUGAAGUGGACGAAAAUCUCGAAAACAUUCGGAAGAUGGCCCAAAGUGCCCAGAAAGAGGCCCUGGAAAAGCACAGCCUCCUGAAAGCGGCCAAGAUGCGGGUGGAAGAGCUCCAUAACUGCAUGGGCGAGGCUCAGAAGGAUCUGGAGCGAAAUCGGCAGAGUGCUGCGAAGGCCAACGAAGCCGCCAAGGAGGCGCAGCAACGGAUCGAAACUUUGCAGAAACUGGUGAGCAGGAUUAAGAUGCUGAAGCGAAAGGAUCUUCAGUCGCUCGAGAACUUCCUGCGCAAAAGAAGAAGUAGCACUCCGGUUAAAACAAGUUGAGUUGAUUGUUUGUUAUGGCAAUAAGCUGGUUUAUAUUUUGUAAUAAAACACCG